AUGGCAGACGAGGCUACACUCUUCAGGCUGCUCAGAGCUGAACAGAAACGACAGGCCUCUCUUGGAACAGCUCUGGAGCAGUCAAAUGCCCGGCUAAAAGCACUCGAAGCUCAGAUUGCAUCAUCUCCAUUGGAUCGUGCUGCCCAUCCUCCUCAGCGACUGCCCCAGCUCGAGCUUGUCCUGGAUCAUCAACAAUAUGAGCGCUAUGGUCGCCAGAUGAUCUUGCCAGAGAUCAGGCUGCCCGGACAACUCAACCUCAAGCGAGCCAGAUUGCUCGUCGUCGGCGCAGGAGGCCUUGGCUGUCCAGCGCUCCUGUACCUAGCAGCUGCAGGCCUCACGCUGACCGUAGGACACAUCACUCUACUCGACGGUGACGCUGUCUCGCUGUCAAACCUGCAUAGACAGGUCGUCCACACCGAAUUCGGCGCGUCAACGUGUCAGACAAAGGUUGAAAGCGCUAUCGAAGCCAUCGGAAGGAUCAACUCCGAUGUCGAUUGUCGUGGCGUAGCAAUGCACUUCUCGCCCAGUCUGCUUGCGCCCAACGCGCCAAUCGACUUUGCCUCGUAUGAUCUCGUACUCGACUGCUCAGACAAUGCACCCACGAGGUACCUGCUCGACGAUGCUUGUAUGCUAUACAAGAAGCCGCUCGUCAGCGGAGCAGCUAUCAGGUGUGAAGGUCAACUUGCAGUAUGGAAUAUGCCUCUUCAGACCGGUACUAUCUUGACAUGUGACCCUGAUGUCGAGCGGGGACCGUCGUAUGCUUGCGUCUUUCCACCGCCUCUUGACGGAAAGCUAGACACAGGCGAUCGAUGUGAGGACGAAGGCGUGCUGGGACCUAUCACUGGCGUCAUAGGCGUCAUGAUGGCAUCGGAAGCCAUACGACUCAUCGUUGGCAAUCUGCCCUGCCAGCCCUUCUUACGACUCUAUGCGCCGUUCAGCGAAACGCCAAUGCGCACGCUCAAAAUCAGACGGAGACGACCCGAGAGCCUGAGCGCUGCCCUUUCACGACAACAGCGUGGCUGGCCUGACUUUUCAGCCGGCAUGACCUGCGAUGCGUCCAAUACAGACUCGCUCAAUCGUCUGAGCGCCAAAGUCGCGCUCUCGCGCAUUGCAGACGGCGCCAAUGUCCUCGAUGUGCGAUCCGCGACAGAGUACGAGAUGGUCUCGCUUCCCGGCGCACAGAACAUUCCGCUGUCGCAAUUGCUCAAAGAUCCCAGUCGCCAGGCAUCGUCGCUGGUAGCGCCAUUGAUCGUGCUCUGUCGGCGAGGCAAUGAUUCGGUCAUUGCUGCACAGGCACUAAGAACAGCUCGACCGGAUGCGAAUAUCACAGACGUUGCUGGGGGAUGGAUCGCAUUGGCAUCGGUCGACCCACGCCUGCCAAGAUACUGA